UAACAAACUUGGUGAAAAAUUGUUCGAGGUUCAUGCCAAUAAGAUUAUUUACUCCCUAAUUGGGCCAUUUUGGAUGGGAAAAGAUAUGGAUUGAAGUAAUAUGUUAUAUCUGAAGGACCAGAGGAACACGAGCCUACAGGUACAUGUUGAACGAUUGAUGAUAGGAUCCAUCUAGUAUCGACAAGCCCCACCCAUUAUGGGGGAGAAGAGGGAGGGUGGGGAGGAGAGCAGUGGCCACACCCAUCACCACCACCCUCGACGCAAACGCUCCAUCGAUGCAGCCAAGGGGAGUCAGAUGGAAGAUGGUCAGCCUCAGCCGCGAUCGCAUCAGAUGAAGUCAUCUGGUCGCAAGAGCAGUUUGUCGUCCCGCAUCAAGAGGAAUUCGGAUGGAGAAAUCUUGUCUUACGCAACUCUUGAUGGGAAACUUUAUGCUAUUGGAGAUAGUGUCUAUGUGGAGAGUCCGAGACCAGACAUGCCAUACUUCAUUUGCACAAUACAAGACUUCAGAGUGAGUAAACGAGAUAACGUGAUCGUCGGGGUGAAGUGGUUCUACCGGCAGUCAGAGGUGCCAGACUCUGUGUAUCAACUUCUGGUGCAAGACAGGCAUACAGAAAAUGAUUCAGGAAUUGAUCUUGUCACCAAGGACCCUGUCAUUAAGAGCAGAGAACUCUUUGUCUCGGACACCACGGAAAACUAUCAUGUAUCUCUCCUAAGGGGUAAGGGAAACGUGAAGCAUUUUAAGGAUAUCCAGAACGCGAAAGACUUCACUGCCAGGCCUGAUUCCUUCUUCUACAUCCUCGGCUACAAUCCAGAAACAAGACGACUCGCAAGCACCCAGGGUGAGAUUCGCGUUGGUCCCAGCCACCAGGCCGUCUUGCCCGACCUCAGGCCAAAGGUCAAGGUCACCGGUACCACGGUUACCAACCAUGAAGAGUUGACCUGGAAGCCGACCAUCCAUGACAUCGACCUGAAGAUGUACCUUCAAGCCGCAAGGAGCAUGGCUGCCUUUGUUGGUAUGUGCGAUGGAGGCUCACCGGAGGAAGGCUGCGAAGUAGCAUCAAAGGAUGACACAACCAUCAAUGCUCUACAGUGUCUUCAUGAGAAUGAUUACAACUGUGGUCGUGCCCUUCAGUCUCUGGUCAAACACUGCGUACCUCGCUCUGUCGAUAAGAAGUGGAACGACCAAGAAACGAAAAUGUUUGUCAAGGGCUUGCGUCAGUACGGCAAGAAUUUCUUCCGCAUUCGUAAAGAGCUCCUCCCUCACAAGGACAGGGGUGAGCUGGUUGAGUUUUAUUAUUACUGGAAGAAGAGUCCCGAGGCGUCUGGGCAGAGGAUCUACAGAAGGCAUCGUCGACAGAGCGUGCUCCCACGAAUCAAAACUUGUGCCCGAGCGAACAGACCACCAUCAAAUGAAUUCUUGGAUCUAAGUUCAGCUUGUGAGAGUGACAUGGACAGUGAUGACAGCGAGAGAGAUUUUAGCAGCUACGCUUGCAGACACUGUUUCACCACGACUUCAAAAGACUGGCACCACGGCUCCAGGGAGAGGAUCCUUCUCUGCACCAAUUGUCGGCUCGGCUUCAAGAAAUACGGGGAGCUCCCGCCCAUUUCGAACCCACGAGAACCUCCAGCGUUCAUGUUCAAGCCGGUCCGAGAAGGUGAAUCUUAUGAUGUUGUCCGGCAUAAGCUACGGACGAGGAGACAACGGGACUUGGUGAGCUCAACUCUAAGGAGUGGUCGAAACAAACAUUGCAGCGUCAGUGAGCCCUGUAGCCCAGUCAACAUGGGGCGUAAACCCAACAAACAUCGCAAUUCGCCCAGCACUCUCAGCACUUCAAGCGACAGUAGUACCAAGUCUAGUGAGAAGAAAAUCAAGAAGGAGCCAGGUGCAGAAAAUCUUGACAGCCCAAGUAUUGCUUCCAUCAAACAAGAAGCACCUGGAGACGAAGAAGAAGAUGAAGAUGAAGAGGCGGAGGAAGAGGAAGCCUCUGAGUUAAGAGCAGGGGAACCUGGGGACUCUGCAGUUCCCGAAACAGAAGGACAGGAAGCUGAUAAUUCUGAGGCUGCAUCUGAUAACGACCAGGAUGCAGCAACAACAACAGACAGCAACAGCAUUAAUAAUGCCAAUGAUGAGUCCAGUCACCUUGAAGGAGACGGGAUGUCAGAAGGAGACGGGAUGUCAGACAGUUCUUCGUCCAGGUCACCCUCACCAAUGGACAACUCUGAAAACCAGCCAACGAUACGCCCUGUCCCUCUCAUCAUUCCUAUCGUCAACAUCAAGAAGGAGAAGAUUGACGAGGAUGAGAGUAGUGAAGUUCCCAUGGCAACGAAUACCCAGACGAGUCACUCCCAAGCUUUUCCUGUUAUCCAACAUUUCAAAAAUCCCGACGAGGCACCAAGGCAGCCUGCCUUCAGCAGCCCGUUGAUCAGCAGCCCACAUAGUCAACCUCUGGUCAAUAAACCUGAGACGUACUAUCGUCCGAUGCCUCUGAUCAAGAUGGAAAAGAUCGACAAACAGGACCAUUAUCAGCAUCAGCCCCUACCUCUGAUCAAGAAGGAACCCAGACCUGACAAAGUCGACACUGCUUCCAACUCUGGCUCGCCCCAACUACAGCCUGCAGAAUCUACUCCACUUUCUGAUUCCCAAGUAGAGCAACCGGAGCAAUUCAGGCAUCCCAUGGGACACUUUCGCCACCCCAUUGACUAUCUACGCUCUAAUGAAAGAUUCUACUUUCCAGAUGGGAGUGUCAGACCACCUGUUCCAAGUUUGCGCCCGCCGUCCAAUGGUUCCCCUACUCGCCCUCCAGUGGACAAGCCGAGGUAUCAUCCGGAGGGGUUCGGCCCACCUCCAGAGCUCAUGAGAACGCAAGCAACUUUGAAGAGCUCAGAAAGAGACAAAUGUGUCAAGGAGGAACAAGAUCAGAUUAGGUACUCCAUAGAUUAUUACAGACACCAAGCUGAAAACAAGCGGUUUGGCGGUGAGGGUAUCAGGCAACCAAGAGGCUCUCUUGUACAAGGAUCAGAGGAACCUAAAAGACUGGAGGAAAACGUGAGAUCAGCUGGAUCACUUAGGCCACAUGCUGAUUACUCACUCAGUCCUAAGCCUUUAGGAAGACAUCCUGAGUUACCGAAGAGAGAUGAGAGAGAUAUACGAGAAGAGUCUAGGGCAUCUCCAAGGACACAGGUUGACUCUAGGCUGUCAACAGCACCUUCUGGUAUUCCAGGAGAGAAGCACAAACCAAGUGCAGAACAUCGUUACCCCCUGAUUGAUCAGGGCAGGCCUCUAGGGGGACACUUUAAACUACCAGAAGAAAAGGGAAUGCCAUUAAAGGAUCUAACAAAACACCCUGACGAAAACAUAAGAUUGUCGGAAGACAAAUCCAGACAGCGUCCUCCCGGGGACCAUCUUGGCCAUUCCAGGGAACAGUUACGAUAUGGAGAGUAUGUGAGACCUGAACAUGUAAGACCUGGAGAACCCUUGAGGCAUGUUGAUUACUUGAAACCUAGUCAAGUUGUGAGACCAGGCGAGCAUUUGAGACCUGUUGAUUACAUGAGACAAGGAGAACACCCAAGGUUUGGUGAUAGCCCCAAACCCCUGGAGCACAUGAGACCUGGUAAGCCCUUGAAGGCCGGAGAGCAUAAAAAGCCAGAAGAACUACUCAGACAGGAAGAACAUCUCAGACAAAGGGACCGUCCAGCGUUUGGUCAUCCACUCAGACCAGACGGGCAUUUGAGACAUGAGAGCUUCCCUAGACCUGGGGAUAACGAAAGACGUGACGACCGUCAUGUACCUGGGCGACCUCUAGGCAUAGAUGAUUCUGUUAGGCAUCGGCACAUGCUCUCUCAAGGGGAGAAAUUGAGGCCUGAUGAUCUUCAAAGACCAAGGAGCCAACCUAAAACAGCAGAACCACUGCAAUCCAGGGAUAUUCUGAGCAGGCCUAUUGAGCACCGCAAAUUUGGUGAGCAUCCAAGGCUAGGAGAACCUCGCAGAUUCGGUGAGAAUCCAACAAUUGGGGACCAUUUACAGCAUAGGGAGCAUCUUAGACCAGAUGAGCUUUCCAGAUCGGGAGAGUUUCUGCGAUAUCCAGAAGGUCCUGGCUUUGGGGAGCCGCAGAGGUCUAGAGAACAUUCCAGGCCUGAAGAUCAGGUGACAAGAGUUGGAGGGCAUGUGAGGCCUGAUAUACCACUUGAGAAUUCAAGAAAACCAGAAACUGCUGUCCCUUCAGAACAAUUUAUGAAGCGUCAAGGAGAGCAUGGAAUGCCAACUCCAGAGCCUUUGAGACCUCUGGAUCCUUCAAAGCUGUACCCAGUUGUAAAAACAGAGAUUGUUGACCCAGAGACAGAACAAACAAAACAAGCUGUCGUGUCUGCGACACCUGCUGAAGCAGAAAAGCCGGGGGAAGAUGCUGAAGAAUCCAACAGUGAAGAGGAAGAACACGAUAACGGCGUGUAUCCUCGAAUGCCGUCUCCAGAUCCUGUGGUUGUGGAUCGCACCGAUCAUACCAGCUCAUCAGCAAAGUUUAUUCGUCAUUGGCAUCGCGGUCACAACUCCUGCAGUCGCACAGAUAUGCUGUUUGCUCCGUUGGAUAGCUCCAAGCUUGCCGCCAAGAGAGCUAAGGCUGCUGCAGCUGCAGCAGCGGCCGCAGCCUCCAAGGAAAAGGAAGAGAAGAAGAGUAUCAAGAAGGAACCCGUCUCGAAAGAGGAAACAAGAGAGAGGGAAGAAGGUCGGCAAAGGAAGACAAGUGGAACUGAAAGGCAGGCUACGCCGAAGAAACCAGAAACUCCACCAAUGAAUACGACGGCAGAUGCUCAAGUGACUGGAUCAUACGGCAUUCAACAGCCGAGCCAGAUGCACAUGCCUCCUCCAAGAGGUUCACCCGGGUACGCUUGCUACCCUGGCCAAGAUCUUCCAGCUAUGAGGACCCUGAGUGAGUAUGCCAGGCCCCACUCUGCCGUCGGGCCUGGCAAUCCAGCCAGCAACCUCAUGGGGCCAGAUCCAAUGCUUCAGUAUCAGAUAGAGCAGGUCUACGCCAUGGGGAGCAGGGAGGCACAGAUUGAUCUGGUGGAACGGGAGCUCCAGGAGAGGGAUAUAAGACAACGGGACUUGAGGGCGCUGCAGCAGCGCGAUUUAAGGGAGAUGCGCGAGAUGGAGUUGUGGGAUAGGGAGAUGCGAGAUCGAGGUCUGAAACCUGGGUAUGAGCAGCAGUACCCUGGGGUACGCACCUCUACAGCAACGCCUCUUGCUGCAUACCCACCCCACCCACACCACCCUGGGGAACCCAUGCCAUCGCCGCAACAGAUUAAUGCCUAUAAUCAUAACUUGGAGCGUGCCCAUGCUGAGCGUCACUUAGCCAUGCUGGUACCCGGGCCAGAGAAUUCCGCUUUUGCUGUCGAUCGCUUAACAGCAGAGCGCCUGCAUCUGGAACGCAUGGCAAUGAUGGGCGACCCGAGAGCAGCUGCAGCAGCUGCGGCAGCAGCAGCUGGGCGACCGCCGACGCCUCAUCAUCACUCUCAUUCGCAUUCUCACACUCAUGUACACUUCCACCCACAGGAACAUAUCCACCACACUUAUGGGGGGCUCCUCCCUGAUCAGCCAGGGCCUGCCGUGCUACAGCCAACACUCCACCUACCCCCAAACCCACUGUCCCUACCCCAGCCCCCUCACCCCAUUAUAAAUCCAGGUACAGCCGCUGCUAUGGCACCCCCUCCUAACUCCAUUCCACAUGCUAGGAUGUACAGGCCGCCCCUACCGGAGGCCCUGGCACAGCAAAUCCAACAUGAGCAUAUACAGAGGCAAAUGCUCUCUGAGCGUCACCCCUAUCCACCACCUCCGAGAUAAAAAAAACCUUUGUCACAAACACAGAGGUCUUAAUACUUUCCUGUACCUAAAGUGUCUCUUGAGUGCUAUACCCCCCCACCCAAAAAAAACCCCACCAGUGGCUAUGCCUGUGAUAUAUUUUUCACAGGACUUG